AUGAUUGUAGACCUACCCAAAGAUGGCAGCCAUGACUCCAUACUUGUAAUUGUGGACAGUUUCACCAAAUACAUCAUUUUGGUGGAAUGUUCCAAAAAACUCAAGGCACCAGAACUGGCAGAUCUUUUCCUGCGCCACAUUUGGAAGAAAUACAGCAUGCCAGAGAAAACUGUCUCAGACCAAGGACAAGUAUUCAAUAACAAGUUCCUGAAGGCCCUGUACCAACACCUUGGGAUAGAUCCUCACUACUUGUCUGCCUACCACCCACAGAGCAAUGGACAGACAGAACAUGUCAACCUGUUGGUAGAACACUUCCUAAGGGCAUACUCUGGAGUCAAUCAAAGGGACUGGGUCAAAUGGCUUCCCAUGGCAGAAUUCACUUACAACAAUGCAGUACACAGCGCAACUGGGAGGACCCCUUUCAAAGCCCUACAUGGGUGGGAACCCACACUAACGCCAAGCAAUGUGCCUAUGGACAUACCCAAAGCAGAUGAUCUGGCCACCCAAAUGGAGUCACAAUGGAAGGAAAUCAAAUUGGCUCUCCAGCAAUCCAAGUCACAAAUGAUAGCUGGAGAAGAAGGAAGCCCACUGGAGUUCAAGAUUGGGGAAGAAGCGUGGCUAGAUGCCAAGAACCUCAAACUCAAAACUCUGAGCCCCAAACUCAACAAACAAAGGGUGGGCCCCUUCAAAGUCAUAGAGAAAAUAUCCAACCAAGCAUACCAAUUAGAACUCCUGCCAUCUAUGCAAGUACACAAUGUCUUCUACAUGGGACUACUCUCUAAGGUCAGGAGAGAUGACAAAAGGGCCUUUGAAAAUAGACCACUGCCAGUGACAAUUGACAUGGAGGAAGAAUAUGAUGUAGAAGGGAUAACGGACAUGGAAAAACAAGACAGAAAAUGGCUCUUCAGGGUAAAAUGGAAAGGCUACAGAUCAGAGGAUGUCGUAGACACAGUUGAUACCAGGGAAUUUACUCCCAUUUUCUCGGAUUUAAACGAAGCACCUACUAGUCUUCCCCAUCUUCCCACCAUUCUCUCCUGGACUCCCACACGCUCCUCUUCGCGGGCCUCUUCCCACGCUGGCCGCUCAUACCCCCAAUCUACCAUGGCAACCCGACACCUGGAACCCCAGCUUCCGCCAACCUCCUCUGUCGAAUAUGGCGAGGUCUCCCUGGAACGAGUCACCCAACUCCUCCUUGGCCUACUCGGCCAAGUUGAGCGCCUCAAGCGAGAAAUCGCUGAGAUCAAGGAAGCAGGAAUCGAGACCCGGACAAACGUCGAAAAUAUCUCACAAACCGUUGAUGUUGUCAAGGAUGGUCUCAAGUCCCUCCAGCUCCAAGGCCCCCGUACCCCAGAAGGGAACCAACCCAAGGCAGUGGAAGAAACGCCACGCCCCAUACCAAAAACCGAGCCUAUUGGAUCGGUUAGUAGGGGACCCUUCUGGUCAGAACCAACUAGGGAAAUCCCAGGUCUCGCCCAGCCUACCCCAAGAAGAGCCGCACCCCUGCGAGUCCCGUCUCCCCCUCCAUCUCCGCGUCUCCGAUCCCCCAUCGGAGCACCUGCCCCUCCUCCACCGGCUCCAGUCGCUGCAUAUCCUACCCCGGUCAAAGUAGACCACCCAGACGCCUAUACAGGCAAAAUCGGGAGUGAGGCCAAACAGUGGCUCACAAGGAUGUUGGCCUGGACCCGGCUAAACUCGCGCAUGUUUCCCACGGACCAAGAAGUCCUAUCCUUCCUUCUGAUGAAUAUGAAGGAUUCCGCGGGAGCAUGGGCACACCCACACCUUGACCAGCUUGGAUCACACCGGGCAAUCAUCCAAACGGUUGAGGGAUUCAAAAUGGAGUUUUUGGCAGCAUUUGGUGACCCUGAUGCCACAAGGGCCGCCAAGUGGAAGAUUACCACGCUUACCCAGUCCGGCACAUGCGCGGAUUAUAUCACAAAGUUCAGAACCCUGGCAAUGGAACUGGACUGGAACGACGCAGCCCUCCGAGGCCAGUUUGCCCGCGGCCUCCACUGGGAGGUCAGCCGCCAAAUUGCUACCCGCGAACAUUGCCCCCGAACACUCCUCGAGCUGCAAAACGCAGCACUCGUUAUUGACAACGCUCUCCGAGAAGAGCGUGCUAGCCACCCGCCGAGGGAUAAUAAGUCUAGCAAGCAACCCAACCCCGCAAGGGGAACGAGUACCGGCCAACCAAGUACUGGUUCAAAGAAACUCUCCGACGACCCUAAUUUCGUGUCGGAGGAGGAAAGGAAUUGCCGCCGCGCCGCUGGCGCCUGCAUCAAGUGCGGCAAAAUGGGCCACAAGUUUGCGGAAUGCCGCACGGGCUGGAAGGCUACCCCUACUGAGGACAAAGGGAAAGCCAAGGAAACCGCCAAGAUUGGCAAAGACUCCAAGUACCAAUCGGGAAAAGAGUAA